AUGAUUCAGGAAUGGGAGAUAGCCCGGCUGAAGGUUUUCCACGCUGCCCAUUUCUCCGGUCAACCAAUCCCCGACCUGAUUGCUCGUCCACACAACCCCGUCGGCCAGUCCGAGUCCAGCCCUGACGUUGACACUGGCAAUGACAACCAGGACGACGGUGUGCUGGGUUAUUACGAAGAUGGCGCCGAACGAACAUUAACAGAUGGACAGAUCAAGAUGUUCCGCCACUCCGAAAUCCAGCGGCUGCUGAGUGAGAGAAGAACAGCCAAGGCAAAGGAAGAGGCGAAGACAAAGACGAAAGAAAGCAGCGACGGCCGUGAACCGAGAAAGCGGCGAUUCGAGGACGAGCCGGCAACAACCCAUCUCAAUAUCGACUCCUUGACCUACGAUGAAGAGCCAGAUACACAGGCAACAUCAACAUCAGUUGGAAAGACGUUCUUGUGGCCAAUCCUCGGACAGGAUCCAAAAUGA